GACCUGUUUGGCCAAUAUUAAAUUGAAAGGGAAGGAUGGAACAACAUAGCACUGGAGACACUUUGGGGGCAGUUUGAUUCUUCUCUUAUUGCUUAUCACAUUUUCCAAUGGAGAAACUGGCCCCGACCCAGACUUCCACCUCCACCACACCGCGGCAGCAGACGGCUGAUACCACCACCACCCCAUCACCACCCCCAAACCAAAAUGACUCAAAUACCCUCGAAACCCUCUGCAAAACAAUGAACGGUAAAGGACUACGAACUUACAUAAUCUCCCAACUCCCACACAACAAACCCACGCUUCUUCAACAACUCCCAAUCGCAUUAAAACUUGCAGCCAACCCAUCAAAACUUGUACUUACCACUAUAGGUGACUUCUACGCAAAAAGGGGAAAAUCUUUAGACCAAGAUACACAAAUCAUUUCCUUAAGGGAAGCAUCUGCAUUGGUUUUGGAGUGUUUCUUGUUGAUGGGUUUCGAUGAAAUCGAUGAAGGGGUUAAAGAAGAAGCUAAACAAGCUGCAGUGAUAUGGAGAAGAAGAUUGGUUGAUGAAAGAGGUAUAAAAAAGGCUAGUGUAAUGGAUGCUAGGGGAUUGUUGUUGCUUAUUGGCUGUUUUGGGAUACCUGAAAUUUUUAUAAAUGAGGAUGUUAGGGAUUUGAUUCGAGUGAGUAAAAUGAGAGAGAUUUCUAGUGCACUCAGGAAAUCAAAUGUGCUAAUGGAAAAGAUUCCAGAAAUAAUAGAGGGCAUGGUGAAGAAUAAGCUGGAAGUUGAAGCUGUAGAUGCCGUUUAUACUUUUGGGGUUGAGGAAAAAUGUAGCCCUUACACAAUUUUGUCAUCGUUUUUAGAAGAACUUAAAGAAUCUCUGAAGAAAAAGAAAUGGAAAUCACAUGGAGCAUUCGCUGUUGUGAAUGAAGCAAACAAGAGGGAGUUGUCUACUAUGAGAUCUGUCAUGGAAUGUUUGGAAGCCCACAACAUUGAUCCCUCAAAGCUUAUUGCACGAUUUCGUAUCAGUGACAGAAUUAUUAGCUUGGAAGAAAAAAUUGCUAGGGAAGAUCAAAGAAGGAAGAAUGUGGUGCCAAAUUGGAGAUUUAAUAAAACUAGGUUGUCCGAAAGGAUCGAAGACAGACAAGCAAAACGGACACGUAUACUAGGUUUGGAACAGCAAAGAACUGUCAAUUACAUCAGUAGCCAGAGAAGCCCUUUGUUAACAGGUGGAACUGCUGGCCACACUUAUGGUUAUUCUGUGCCACCACCAGUAUUUCCUGGACCUGUUGCAGGCCCGAUUCCCGAUACUGUUCCUGGCUCAUAUGCUGGAUUUCGUCGGAGGAUGCCCGUUGAGGAUAAAGCUGGGCAAAUAGGAGGUUACAAUAAUCAGUUAUAUGGAUGGCAAGGGGAUGCAUCCAUGCACCACGAGAGGGCAAUCUCUCACAACUAUGGAUACAGGCCAUCGGCACCGUGGCAAGGCUCUAUGGGGUUGCCGAAUGCACUUCCUGUUGGUCGGGGUAACCGGAACGCUGCUUCGGAUCUCUAUCAGUUGGCUAAUGCUGUUCCAGGAACUGCACCAUUAUAUCAGAACAGUGGCUCCCAUGCAAUAGGUGCUGUUCACUCUGUUAACCAUCAUUCAUCCUACUUGUACCCACCUGGGACAUAUUAUCCCCAAGGCAUGCAGUAACUACAACUUUGUAGUUUCUCUUGUAGUAAACUUUUUUGGGUGUAAAUUAUACAGUUUAAAUGUGGUUUAAGGAAACAUUAUGUGUUGCUUC